AUGGCCUCUCGCAUUGCCGCCGCCGCCAAGGGCAUCCGCUUCGCAUCCCACGCCCCCGCGUCCGCCGCCAACCCUUGGCUUGCUGAGCGUAUCGCUAUCAAGGAGCACGCUGGACCCGCCGCUGAGACUUGGCGCAAGAUUUCCCUCUACGUUUGCGUUCCCGUCAUUACUGUUGCGUCCAUCAACGCCUACAACCUCUAUGCCAAGCAUCAGGCCCAUUUGGAGCACGAAAAACACGAGGGGCAUGAGAAGGUCAAGUACCCCUACAUGCGUUUCCGCUCCAAGGUACAGUCAAUGAACCUCCGUGUCCUGACAUGUAUGAAGUGA